AGCGCCGGCCCCGCCGCCCCCUCCGGCCCCUCCGGCUCCGUCCCGUCCCGUCCCGUCCCGCCGCCGCCGCAUGGGGCCCCCCGGGCCGGCCUGAGCCCCCCCACCCCGCCCCCGCAGCCCCGACGCCCCCGGAGACGGGCCCCGCCGAGGAGCCGCGACGGGACCCCCCCGGCUGUCCGGCCCCGGCCGGACCCCCGGGAGCACGGAGAGACCCCCCUCGGGCCCCUUCCCCGGGGGCAGCGAACCGUCGGAGCCGCCCCGGGGCUGCCCCGGCUGGACCCCCACGGACGCCCGUCGAGACCCCCGACUCGUUCCAUCGCUGGAGCAAAGACCCCGGCCCCACCGGGCACCCUUCCCCGGGGCCAGGGACCCCCGGGGCGACGCGGUCCCUCCCCGGGACACGGGGGCCGGCACCCCUGGGGACCCGCCAGCCGUCCCCGCGGGGGCGAAGGACGCCUGGAGCCCCCCGCCCGCGCCGGGGGCGAAGGCCCCGGACCCCCUGCUCGCAUUCCCCCCUCCCGGGCUGGCCCCCGGCCGCCGAGAGUCCCGCUCCCGGGGCCGGGGGGAGCCGGGCUGCCCCGUGCCCCCCGGCUGAGCCGGCCGUGAGCCGGCAGGGAGGCCGUGGGGCGUCGAGGAGCCCCGGGGGGGCCGCGGCACCCUGCCCCUCCCCGGCCCCAUGGCGGCCAAGUGGUUCAAGGAGUUCCCCUCCAACCUGAAGACGGUUUCGGAGAGGGCUCGGCCGGGCAGCGGGAGCCUGGGCAAGAGCCGCAAGAAUUCGGCCGUGGAGCUGGGGGGGUGCCGGGCCGGGCCGGGGGGGGGCAAGGAGGGGGGCGGCCGGCUGUCGCGGGACAACCUGCAGGGUCUGCUCCAGGCCGCUACUGGGAAGAUGCGGAAGAACUCGCGAGCGGAUGGGGGCACGUCGGAGGGACCCCCCAAAACCUGCGGCACCUACAUCAACCGCCUCAUCAAGGUGGAGGCGCAAGAGAAGAACGGGAAGGGGUACCCGAGCCCCCAGCCCGCCAGCCUGCCUGCUCCAGAGCAGGAUAAGGGGAAGACCCCCAAGACAGAGACGGUCAUCAUCCUGGAGGACUACGCCGAUCCCUAUGAUGCCAAGCGCACCAAGGGGCAGCGGGAUGCUGAGCGCCUGGGGGAGAACGAUGGCUACAUGGAGCCCUACGACGCCCAGCAGAUGAUCACAGAAAUUCGCCGGCGGGGCUCCAAGGAUCCCCUGGUCAAAGCCAUCCUGCUGCUGGACGGCCCUGGAGAGCCCGGGGAGGGGGGCAGCAAGCCGGAGGCGGCCAAGUGGCCAGCGGGCAAGGAGGCAGUGGGGAAGGGGCCACAGCUCUACGACACCCCCUAUGAGCCCGGGGAGGUGGUGGCUGGGGGGACCCCAGAGCGCAGGGCGAGGGCCGGGGAUGGGCGCCUGCCUGAGAACGACGAGCGCCCGGCGGGCGAGUACGAGCAGCCCUGGGAGUGGAAGAAGGAGCAGAUCGUCAAAGCGCUGUCAGUCCAGUUUGAGGGCUCGGAGCGUCCCAAGGAGGAGGCGCAGCGGCAGCACCUACGCCAGAAGAGCUGGAACCCCAAGAUGCUGAAGCCGGUGGGCACCGAGCACAGCGAGGGGGAGCGGGUGGACCCCGCCUUGGCACUGGAGAAGCAGCCCUGGUACCACGGGGCCAUCACGCGGGCCGAGGCCGAGAGCCGGCUGCAGGCGUGCCGGGAGGCCGGCUACUUAGUGCGCACCAGCGAGACCGGCAGCGGCAAGUACUCCAUCGCGCUCAAGACCAGCCAGGGCUGCGUCCACAUCAUCGUGGCCCAGACCAAGGACAACAAGUACACGCUCAGCCAGGCCAGCGGCGUCUUCGCCAGUGUCCCCGAGGUCGUGCACUAUUACUCCACCGAGAAGCUGCCCUUCAAGGGGGCUGAGCACAUGGCCCUGCUGCACCCCGUCCACUGCAAGCUGCAUUAGCGCCCACUAAUGCCCCCCCAGACUGGCCCAUGACCCCCGGCCCCAGGGCAUGGGGCAGGGUCCGGCCCCAGCGACCCCCGUGGUCUGGCAGAGGACCCCUCGGCUGCAUCCCCAGCCCUGCGGGGACCCCGCUCCGGCCUGGCAGCUGCUGCCCGCCGCUGGACUGCAGCAGGGCUGUGCUGCCCUUCGCUGGGCUGGAUCCUGCCCGCCCUGUGCCAGAGCCGACCCGCUGCAGGGCAGCCCCUGGCGCUGGGGCGGGGGGACGCAGCGAGACUGGGACGUGUAAUGAAGUAGUAAAAUAAACUUGUUGGCUGAGAGGA